ACACUGUCCUUGUCACGUCUGCUACUCUCACAGUGAUCCCACCACAAAAUGCCACCUCCAAUUGCAAGAGCCAAAAAAGCGGCAGCCAAGCUCCCCCUCACUGCCACCAUUCUCUCCCUCUCCGUUCUUCUCCUGCCGUUCGGCUUCUUCGCCACCCACAAGGCGUUCACCGGCGUCGCCGCGGCCGCGUCCACCGCCGAUGAACACCACCGUCAACGAGUUCUUCUUGACGUUGGCAACAAUGCCAAUGCGGCCGCCGUGGACCGGCAUUGCGCCGGCACGCUGCACCGAGACGUGUGCGUGUCGACGCUCACCUCCAUUUCGAACCUCGCGCAGAAGCCGCUCCGGGACGUGAUCUCCGACGUCGUGGGGCGCGCGGCGGCCGCGGUGCGCGCGUCCUCGGCCAACUGCUCGUCCUACCUCCGGCGUCCACGGGGCCUGAGCGUGCGCGACCGCCUCGCCCUGUCCGACUGCCUGGAGCUGCUCGGGCACACGCUGGACCAGCUCGGCACGGCGGCCGCCGAGCUCUCGGCGGGGAACCACACCGCGGAGGAGUCCAUCGCGGGGGUCCAGACCGUGCUCUCGGCCGCCAUGACGAACCAGUACACCUGCCUGGACGGCUUCGCGGGGCCGUCCGCCUCGGAGGACGGGCGCGUCCGGCCCUACAUCCAGGGCCGCAUCUACCACGUGGCGCACCUGGUGUCCAACUCCCUCGCCAUGCUGCGCCGGCUCCCUCAGCGGCGUCGCCGCCGCGGACGCGGCCUCCGCGCCGGAGCGACAGGAGAGGCAUUCGAGGGGUACGGCCGUGUGCGGCGCGGGUUCCCAUCGUGGGUGUCGGCGGGGGACCGGAGGCGGCUGCAGCAGUCCGCCCCGGCUGCGGACUUAGUGGUGGCGAAGGACGGGAGCGGGAACUUCACGACGGUGAGCGAUGCGGUGGCGGCGGCGCCGAACAACAGCGAGGCGCGGUACGUGAUCUACAUAAAGGCGGGCGGCUACUUCGAGAACGUGGAGGUGGGGAGCGAGAAGACCAACCUCAUGUUCGUCGGCGACGGCAUGUGGAAGACCAUCAUCAAGGCAAGCCGCAACGUCGUCGACAACUCCACCACCUUCCGCUCCGCUACACUAGCUGUGGUGGGCACGGGGUUCCUGGCGCGGGACCUCACGGUGGAGAACGCGGCGGGGCCGAGCAAGCACCAGGCGGUGGCGCUGCGCGUGAACGCCGACCUCUCCGCCUUCUACCGGUGCAGCUUCGCGGGGUACCAGGACACGCUGUACGUGCACUCGCUGCGCCAGUUCUACCGCGACUGCGACGUCUACGGCACGGUGGACUUCAUCUUCGGCGACGCCGCCGUCGUGCUGCAGAACUGCAACCUCUACGCGCGCCGCCCCGACCCCAACCAGAAGAACGUCUUCACCGCGCAGGGGCGCGAGGACCCCAAUCAGAACACGGGGAUCGCCAUCCAGGGCGGCAAGGUCGCCGCCGCCGCCGACCUCAUCCCCGUGCAGGCCAACUUCUCGUCGUACCUCGGCCGGCCCUGGAAGACCUACUCGCGGACGGUGUACAUGCAGACCAAGAUGGAGAGCCUGAUCCACCCACGGGGCUGGCUCGAGUGGAACGGCAGCUUCGCGCUCGACACGCUCUACUACGCCGAGUACAUGAACCGUGGCCCCGGCGCCAGCACGUCGGCGCGGGUGGCGUGGCCGGGGUACCAUGUCCUCACAAACGCCACCGACGCGAGCAACUUCACCGUGCUCAACUUCGUUCAGGGCGACCUGUGGCUGAACUCCAGCUCCUUCCCCUACACCUUGGGUUUGAGCUAGAAUAUGCACGAGCUGCUUCCAUUGGGUCCUGAUUCGGGGAUUUUUGGGCCCAUAGCUCACAAGUAGUUUUGGUUAUUUUCGAACAAGGGUGGUUCAAUUCAGCUCAGGUUUGAUAGUUUCUAAUAAACCUGAAAGCUGGAGCUGCUGCUACUGCAUGUGUUUUCAUAUGAUUCAUGAUGAACAUCGACAAUGGCCGAAGGCUAGUCAUGGAAGAGGAUAACCACUCAUUGCUUCUGAUUUGUCUCUCUGUACCAAAAAGCAUGUUCGUUACUACCAAUGUUCAGGAUCUCAAGGGUAUUGCUCGUCACUAUACAACAGGGCAAAGAUUGAAGAGACACAUUCAAUUCUGUGGACA